AUGGUGGCGACGGAGCUCACGCCGGAGGAUGUGAACGGGCUCAAGGCGCUCGGAGCCCGCGGGCUGCCAACAAACGGCCUCAAGAAGGAGCUGGCGGCGCGGCUACACGAGGCGCUGACAGCUGGGGCGGAGGCCCCAGCGGCCGAGGCCGAGGCGCCCGUCAAGCCGCCCGCCGAGGAGGCCGCGCCUGUCGCCGAGCCCACGCCAGAACCGAAGCCGGCAGAGAUGGGGCGGAUGGGCGGCGGCAUGGGCAUGCCCGGCGGCGGCAUGGGGAUGGCCCCGCGCGUGGGUGGUAAGACCAAGGGCCCUCCCGGCGCCAACCUUUUCGUCGCCGCAAAGGGGCAGGGCCCGCCAUUCUCCGACGACCUGCUGCGCCAGACCUUCCAGCCGUUCGGCGAGCUGUUGCGCGCGGAGAUGACCAUCGACAAGGACACGGGCAUGCCAAAGGGGUACGGCUUUGUCUCGUUCUCGGACCCCGCCUCGGCCGACAUGGCGAUGGCGCAGCUCAACCAGCAGGUGCUCUUUGACAAGCAGAUCCGCAUCGAAAAGACCAACACGUGA